AUGGAGAUGCCACGAAGGCCGAUCAACUUUGUACCCUCUACAUCAGGCGAGAUCUUGAAGCUUGGCCACAUUACGUGUAGGAUUAUGGAGGAUGGAUCAAGAACAGGUGACUUUCCGCCAACAACAAUCUUUCCACAAGUACUGAUCGUUCCAGACAACCGCAUAGGUUCUGCCGAAUUCACACUCCCACCAAACACGGCUGGUCCGCCAGCUCAUUGGCACGAGAUGCACGAUGAGACCUUCCUCGUAACACAAGGCGUGGUACGCUUCCACGCACCUGACGGAGCGUAUCACGAUGCGCAUGUUGGCGACUACGUCACUGUACCUAUUCGCGCACCUCAUACGUUCUCCAAUCCAUUCGACCAAGAAGCGAGGUUCUUCAACACGUACACUCCCGCGUUCUAUAUCGAUUACUUUAAAAUACUGGCUCAGAUCAGUAAGAGCGAUGAGAAGAUGAGCAAGGAGAAGAAUGUCGAGGUGAUGAGUCGGUUUGCGACUAUGCCGGCCAAGCCAAUGCUGGAGGAGCAGGCGAAGGGGAAAUAG